AUGGUCAUGACAGUGACAACAUCAACCGGAAACCGGGUGACCAUGUACUGCCUGGGCAGCCUCACAUUCGUCCCCAGCGAGGCAGUCAAGGACGAGGAGACGCAUAAGCAGGUACUACAGCGGCUGGCCGAAACCGAUGACUUUGCGACAGCCAUCCGCACGUGGUUCCACCUAUCCGACGACGUCAACGUCCCCGAAGCCGAUGAGUACGUGUACCAUGCGAUUGCCAGCGUGAAGCUGUCACAGGUCCAGAGGGCGGUUGAUGUGGGCGGGGCAAAGGGUAUGCAUGGCUGGUAUAGGUUGGAGGGGGGUGAUUUGCUUCCUCCACCACCGCAAGCAGACAUAGAAUCCUACAUCUCCAUCUUCCUCCCCUCCACAGCCACAGCCUCGGCCCUCACCGCGUUCCAGUCCAACGCCAAACGCUCCUCCAUCCGCCUGCGCGCAGCCACCUACCUGCUCUCCAAGCGCUACAUCGCAUCCGACGACCAUCCCCUCGGCAACCAGCUCAUCAUCCCCAAGACCAAGAAGGACAGCAAGACGCCUUUGCCUUGUAACCCCUACUUUGAUUUCUGGGCCUGGUCAUGUCGGAACUUGGAAUGGUGCGGGCCGGUACCUAUUUCUUCAUCUUUGCCCCACAACAACAAUGGAGAAGAGACCCAGCAAAAUGAGAACGACGAGAAAAAAAUCAUCCUCUCCAACCCCCGCAUGUCCCACCACAUCCUCCCCAUCUUCAUGCACCACUUCGGCUGCGCCGUCCCCUCCCACGAAUCCCUCUCCCUCCUCAAGCUCUUUGCCCGGGGGCGCCCCAUAAUCGACAUGGGCUCCGGCAACGGCUACUGGACUUUUAUGCUCCGGCAAUACCUCCACUCUCUCGGCCCCUCCUCCUCCUCCUCCUCCUCGCAACAAAAAGUCUACGCAGUAGACAACAACCAAUCAGAAUGGCGAGUAAUGUGGAUAGACGACACCAUCAUCGCCGACGGCGUCCGCUGGCUUUCUUCCCCUGUUCAUAAAGGAGGGAAAGAUAUGGUUCUGUUGCUGGUGUAUCCGAUUGUGGGUGGGGAGGGCAGUGCCGCGGGCGGCAAGGAAGGGGGGUUCACGAGGGAGUUGAUGAAAGCGUACAAGGGGGAUACGAUAGCCGUGGUGGGGACGCAGAAUGGGAAUGGGUAUACGGGGUUUAAGGGGGUGACGAUGGAUGAGUAUAUGGAGAGGGAGUGGGGAGGGGAGGAGGGGUGGAGGAGGGUGGUGCAAGUGCCGUUGCCGAGUUUUGCGGGCAAGGAUGAAGCGUUGUUUGUUUUUCAGAGGGGGGAGGCGUUGGGUGGUGGGGGUGCGAUUGGGGAGGCUGAGGGAACUGGGAAAGCGAAGAAGAAGAAGAAGAAGAGUGGGAAGAAGAAGGGGGUGGAGGCGGAGAAUAAGCAUGGGAAAGAUCAAGGGGAGGGGAAGGAGGAGGAGGAGGAGGAGGAGGAGGAGGAAGGUGCUGAUGAGUGA